UUCUCAUACUGUUGUUUUGGUAUGGAGGAUGGUGUCUACUCGAGGUGUGAAAUUCAAAUUCUCCGAAGGAGAAAAGGUUCUAUGUUAUGAACCAGAUCCGACGAAAGCAAAAGUGCUGUAUGAUUCGAAGGUGCUGGAGGUUAUUGUGAAUAAGGACCAGAGGGGCAGGAAGGCAGUAGAAUAUCUCAUACAUUUUCAGGGUUGGAAUUCCUCAUGGGACAGAUGUGUGAGUGAAGAUUAUGUGCUGAAAGAUACUGACGAGAAUCGACAACUGCAGAGAGAUCUGGCUGAAAAAGCUCAGCUUCAGUUGGGUGCGUACUUGUAUAGACGUGAGCGCAAGAAGCGCCACCGGAAGCUGUCAGAGAAAAUCAGUGAGAGCCUGGAGCAGAAAAAGUUACGUCGCCGUGGUGGGGGUGAUAGAUCCUCCGAAGAUGGAAGCUCAGGGGGUAGCCACAGUCAGCGAGAUGGAGAGGAUACUGAUGAUGGAGAAGAGAUGACGUCAUCUGAAGGAGAGUCUUCUGGUGAGGCCGAUGAGGAACGGGUACCCCUAGAGCUUAGUGAUACGCUCAAAAGGUUAUUAGAGGAAGAUCAUGAUCUUAUCAUAAAGAAGAAUAAAGUUUUGAAGCUUCCAGCUGAUCCCAAUGUAGUAACAAUUCUUGAAGGCUACGUAAAGAACUGUGCUGUAAAUCAGUUGUGUGGAAUAGGGGAGAAACCACAACGUCGGUAUCGUUAUCACCACUACCAAAAUAAUAAGAGCAGAGAUCUGGAGAGAGCUUGUCGCAGUUUAAAUAUAUGCAAGGAGGUUGUUGAUGGUGUACGCAUCUACUUUGACUUCACACUCAGUGACUUGUUACUGUAUAACCAAGAGCGAGAACAGUUUGAGCAGCUUAGAAAUCAGCAAGCAGAGCCGACAAUCAAACAAGAAAUAGAGAUUUAUGAUGGUGAACUCAAUAAUGUUGUUGUGAAGGAGGAGGAAGACGAUGCUCUCUCACUGCCCGGCCAGGACACAGAAAUGGAAACAGAAGGACAGACCCGCUUCUGUAGUGGCAGCAUGAUGCAUGUGGCAGGAGGAGAAGAACAUGGAUUGGAUAAUGGAGAUGCCUUAGGGGAAGGUGACAGGAAGAGAAGUCUGCGUUCUCACCGGCCAGAUGCAAGUGAGGGUGUUUCAUCUGAUGCCAAUGGCAUUAGUAAACUGAAUGCUCGAACUCCGAACCAUGGUACUAAUUGCCACGAAAAUAGUCAUUUUCAUGUGAACAACAUAAAACAGGAAGGACAUCAGUUCUCUUUGGGCACUAUCAAGCAGGAGCCAUAUAACACACAUGUAUCAAGUAUCGCCAGUACAAGUUCUCGAUGCUCGACCCCCACUACCAGCUUGCCACCUUUUGCUGCUGCUGGUAGCAUUGCUCAAUCUGCAGUUGCCAAUUCAGUAGCAUCCUCAUCCCCAAAGCACACAACACUACUGUCUCAAAUUCUGGCUUGGCAACUAGUUCCUCAGAGCCUAUACUCGGAAGUACCUGUAGCUCCAUCGCUUAUGUAUGGAGCCAUACAUCUGGCAAGGCUAUUUGUUAAGUUGCCGGAUCUGCUCUAUGCCACAAACAUGCCAGAAAGGAAAUUGAAAGUUCUUCUGCGUCACCUGGACAUGUUUCUAGGUUACAUGGAGGAACACCAAGAAUGGUUUGGUGAACAGUUUUACAAGGAUAACAGGAGUAUCUGUGGUUAAUAUACUUGUUCAGUUUUCUUUCCAUCAGAUUCUUGUGUUUUGGGUGAAUGUGUGUUUAUAGUGACAGAAUUUCUAUUUUGAGAAGAUUGCGUGAUUGGAUUUGCCUGAAUUUGUAAUUAUUAAAUUAUUUUCUAUGAAAAUAAUAUACAGUUAUGUGACA